UUUAUUCCAACUCUAUUACCAUUACCACGCACCAAACGUGACCUUACAAUAAUUUACGAUGUCAGUAAAACAAAAAUCCAAAAGGAAAAAGAAAAUGGAAUCCGUAACGUAAAUUCUUUGGGGUUUUGGUUUGGCUUUAAGGGAUUGCUUUGCUUCUGCUACUGUGUCUGUGUCUGUGUCUGUGUCUCUGAGAGAAAAAGUUUGUUCAGCCUCAGACCAAUUUCUUCAAUACCUUCUCGUCUUCUUCAGUGCACUGUGUAUUCGGCUUCACAGAAAUUGCCUCUCUGUUUUCUUUGGUUGUGAGUUGGGUUUAUUAGAGGAUAAUGAAGGAUGUUAUCAACACUGCAUAUGUUUAGUUGAAGAACUAUAUAACAGCAUUCCAAUACCAAGAGACUAAAAGUCGUGUAUGUGUGUGCCCGUUUGAUAAAAUGGAGAAAAGAGUUGAACCUUCACCUUCACCAUUUGAAUGGUUAGAGGAAUAUAAUGGGCAGCUAUAUUCUCCCAUGAGAACAAAACGGAAGGUAAGAUCAAGGAAAAAGGAAUUUAUUGGUUGGGGAUCGAGACAGCUCAUUGAAUUUCUUGGUUCGAUUGGGAAAGAUACGAGCCAGCAAAUCUCUCAAUAUGAUGUUACUGCCAUUAUAAAUGACUAUGUUAAUAGGAACAACCUUCUUCACCCCUCAAAAAAGAAGAGGAUUGUUUGUGAUGAGAGGCUCCAUUUCAUUUUUGGAAGGAAGGCAAUUAACCGAAACAAAAUUUAUGAAUUGCUAGGAGCACACUUUGCCGAGAAUCAAUACGAAUCUGACGAUGAUUUAUUGUGCAGCUCUGAUGAAAGGGAGAAUGUUUUUGAGAGCAAUGAAGGGGAGAAUGUUUUGAGUUUUGAGAGGAAAACCCAUCAAAAGAAAAAAGUUUAUGAAACUCCAAAAAUCGAUUUAACUCCAAAAAGCAAAUUUGCAGCCAUAAAUUUUCCCAAUAUUAAGCUCGUCUACCUGAAAAAGACUCUAGUAGAGGAUCUUCUCAAGGACCCUGAAACCUCUGAAAGUAAGCUAGUAGGAAGUUAUGUGAGGAUCAAAUCUGACCCUUACGAUUACCUUCAGAAGAACUCUCACCAGCUUGUGCAAGUUACAGGUCUAAAGAAGGCAUCUGGAACUGGUGAUACAAAUACAGAAGACCUCCUCCAACUUUCCAAUGUGGUGAAAGACACCCGUGUUGCCAUGCUUUCGGAUGAUAAUUUUUCUGAGGAAGAAUGCAAGGAUUUGCAGCGGAGAAUAAAAGAUGGCUUGCUCAAAAGGCCAACUGUUGUGGAGCUUCAACAAAAGGUUCAAAUAUUGCAUGAGGAUAUUACAAAACAUUGGCUUGCAAGAGAAAUUCCUAUGUUACAAAACCUCAUUGAUCGAGCCAAUGAAAAAGGAUGGCGCAGAGAGCUUGAUCAGUACCUGGAGAAAAAGCAGCUGCUCCAGAAUCCAGAUGAACAGUCACGGCUGUUGCAUGAGGUCCCAAAAGUAAUUGCUGAUGAAAUAGAACCAGAAGCUACACCACAGGAUAAUCCAGAAAAUAUAAAACAAGAAAACAGUGGUUCACCUAGAUCAAUCCUUAGUGGAGCUCCUAAAAUUCCUAAUCAUGUUAUAGCAACAAAUGGAACUGCAUCAGCUUGGACAUUUCAUAGCACUGAUUAUGCAGAGUUUCAUCACAAUGUUAUUGAAGAACAGUCAGUUCAACCAUCACAUUUCAUAAACAAGAGUAAUGGUGAGACACAGCUUGCAAAUACAGAGGAGAAUAAGUGUGUUGAUGAAAUGGUGGCAAAGCAGGCAAUGACAUCUCAAGUGAUUGAUUUGAGUGAUGAUGAGGAGGUCGAAGAAUUAAGUGUUGCAAAGAAAUUUCCUGAUGACAUGCUGGGAAGCUUGUUAUGGCAUUACUUAGAUCCCCAAGGAGACAUACAGGGGCCCUUUUCUUUAACAUCCCUAAAACGUUGGUAUGAUGCUGAUUACUUUCCUCCAGAUUUUCAGGUCUGGAGGUCAGAUCGGAUCCAAGAUGGAGCUGUAUUAUUGAAAGACAUACUUGACCAGAAUUUUCCCAGUUGAAUGUACUAGAGACUAGACUAGAUUUGGUGCUCAUUAAAUCAGGGCAUAAUCUGUAAAUUCAGUUUUAGAUUUGAAGGCAAAUAGUUGAUCUCCCAAGAUAUUGGGAAAUUAAAACAAAGUCUAUUUCUUUUUCUUUUUUUAUAAGGAUUUUUGUUAUUUCUUGUCCAUGAGAAUGUGUAUCAUGAAAUAAAAAUGAUCCUUUGAAACAAUGUAUAUUAUCUAUUGAGUCUUUAUGAGAUAGAUGUUCACUUA